CCGCCAAAAUUUUCAUAGUUUAGUUACGAUUUCGAAAACGACCCGACGCGUCCCGCCGCCGGCGACAAAACCGCCCGAUUUCUCUGACGAAUUCAGUUUAACCUUCGCCAAGUUCUCGAACUUUAUGUGAUUGUGACUUGACUGUGCGUGUGUUUAUUGGAUUUUUUCUUAUUUUCCGUUUGGUUAAACUCCGAACGGUCAAGUCUGUUCGGUGACCGUAAUGUCUAGUAAUUAGCACGAUGGGGGUCAACGAAGACUUUGCCCCGAGCUUCACGCAGAAGCCCCAGCUGCGCCAGGAGGACGAUGGCAACAAACUCGUCUUCGAGUGCCAGUUACUGGCAUCGCCCAAGCCGGAAAUAUGCUGGUUCAGAAGCGAUGAACUGCUCAAAGAGGACACCAGAACUAAGUUUAAGAUCCAAAGCAUUGCCGCCAACAAGUUUUUGGUGGUGCUUGAAUUGGACGAUGUGAUCGAGACCGAUGCGGGGCUCUACAAAGUUAAGGCGAAGAACAAGAUGGGCGAGGUGGCCGCUUCCAUCAACCUUAACUUCAGCCCCGCCGACGAAGAAAAACAAAAACAAGUGGACGGCAAAGCGCCGACAUUCGCGCGCAAGCCGGCCAUCAGGCAGGAGGAUGACGGCAAAAGGUUAAUAUUCGAGUGCCGCAUCGAGGCCGAGCCAGUACCCAGCGUCGCCUGGUUCCAUCAGACAAUGGAAGUCAAACCUGGACCCAGGCAUAAGUUAACAGUAAGCAAAGAGGGUAAAUCAUAUUAUGCCUCAUUGGAGAUCAACAAUGUUACCGUGGAAGACGCUGGCAAGUACCGAGUAACGGCCAAGAACGAACUCGGCGAAAGCAACGCCACGAUCAGCUUAAAUUUCGACAGCGACGAAGCGCCAGUGCCUGAAGAUUUUAUCAAACCGACGUUUACGGAGAGACCCGUGAUCAGGCAAUCGGAAGAUGGUACCAAAAUCACAUUCGAAUGUCGAUGCGUUGGCAAACCGAAACCAAGCAUCGCAUGGUACCACGGAAAAAAGUUAAUUAAAGAAAGUAGUAGAUACAGAAUUACGUUAGAUGAGGACCAAACUUUAUAUCACAUGGCGCGACUCGAAAUCAUUGGCGUAGAGAAUUCGGACAGAGGAGAAUAUAGGGCUGUUGCGAAAAACAAACACGGUGAAGGCGUAGCAAAAAUUAAUCUCAACUUCGAAGGUGGAGAUAAGCCCAAAAUACCGGACGGUAAAGCACCAAGAUUUCCUAAAAAACCUACAAUCAGACAAGAGGGCGAUAUUUUGAUCAUGGAAUGUGUGCUCGAAGCAUAUCCUGUUCCGGAUAUCACGUGGUUCCACGGCGAUGACGAAAUCAGGGAUGGUGCAAAAAUGAAGAUGUCCAGAAAGGCUAUCGCAAAAGAUACAUUUAAUUUAACGUUAGAGAUUUUAAGUCCCACUAGGGAAGACGGUGGCAACUAUAGAUGUAACGCCUUCAACUUGUUUGGUGAGAGUAAUGCGAACAUUGCUCUCAACUUCCAAGGUGGGGAUGAUGAGAACGGUUUCGCUCCAUCGUUUAUCGAGAAACCCCGAAUCAUUCCCAACGAAGAUGGCACACUCAUUACGAUGCGCUGUGUCUGCAAAGCCAAGCCGGCGGCCGAAGUAACGUGGUACAGAGGCACGACGGUCAUCAAAGCUAGCAGCAAAAUUGAAAUCAAAUCAUCAAAAAUUGAAGAGGAUGUAUACGAAUUGUUAUUGCUUUUGACGAAUCCGUCGGCAGCGGAUGGUGGUGCUUACCGUUGUCAUGUAAGGAACGAAUUCGGUGAAAGCAAUGCUAAUCUGAACUUGAACAUUGAGGCUGAGCCGGAGCCGGAAGGCGAAGGCCCGACGUUUGUCGAGAAGCCCACUAUUCAGUCCAAGGAUAAUGGAAAACUAGUUAUAAUGGGAUGCAAAGUGAAAGCUAGCCCGAGACCGACGAUCGUGUGGUACCACGAGGGUAAAGAAAUCAGGGACUCGUCGAAAAUUAAAACCAGGGUCGAGGUGAAAGAAGACAUAUACACAAUAAUCUUGGAACUUAUCGACCCUGGUAUUGAAGACUCCGGAUUGUAUAAAUGCAACAUUAAAAAUGAACUUGGAGAGCUCAACGCGAAUCUUACGCUCAAUAUUGAAAUCAUUCCAGUUAUCAAAGAGAGGCCAAAGAUCAUUAAAAUAGUUAAAAAGAAGACUGUUAUUGUUGAAUGUAAAGUAUUAAGUAAAUUUGCGCCUCAGUGCACGUGGUACAAGGAAUCCAGCGCUGUCAGAGAGGACUCGAGGCAUACUGUGCUUGUCGAGCCUCUUAGAGAAGGCGAAUUUGCAGUCAAAUUGGAAAUUUCGAACAUAUCUCAGCACGACAGGGGUUCAUACAAACUCGUCGCCAAGAACGAGAAGGGUGAGGCGACGUCACAGGUCGUCGAAAUCACAGAAAUUGCUGAGGAGAAGGGUGACAAGCCCCAAAUUAUCAAGCACCUCAGGAGUUUGGCCAGAAAAGAAAACGAGGAAGCCGAAUUUGUGGCCGUCCUCAAGACAUCAGAUCAAUCGUGCAGAUGCACUUGGUACAAGAACACUACUGUUAUCAGGGACUCCUCUGAAAUUAACACUUCCUUUGAUGGCACAAAUGCUAGACUUAUCAUUAGGAAGGUAUCUUCCAAAUACGUCGCCAACUACAGAGUGGUCAUCAAGAACGAAUUUGGUGAAGAUGAGUCUAGCGCUGAUUUAACUCUUGUAGAAGAGAAGAAAAAGAAGAAGGAAGAAGAGGAGGAGGAAACAACGGUCAUUGAAGAAUCCGAAGAAGAAAUGUCGAUUGUAGAAGAGAAAUCUAUAAUCGAAGAGAACCAUGUUGAUGAAAGGAAGAAGGAAGAAGUAAAGAAAAACGAGGAACAAAAGAUUGUUGAAGAAAAGAAAGCAGCGAUGAAGAAAGUUUCUAAGAAAGAAGAAGUCAAGAUUGAGCAGAAACAAGAAGAACUUAAUGUAGAAGCCAAGAAAACAGAAUCAAAGCUUGAAGCUAAGAAAGUCGAAGCUAAGAAACAAGAAACUAAGAAGGCUGAAGUCGAAAUUGAAGAAGCUAAGAAGGUCCUAGAAAAGAAAACUGCUAAAACGGAAGAAGAAAAGAAGGCUCUUCUGGAGAAAAUUGAGAAAAAGAAACCCGAACCUGAACCAGAGAAAAAAAUCGAAGGCAUUCCAAAACUUAAGUCGGUUAAGCCUAAAGAGGAGCCGGUUGAAGAGAAAAAAGAGGCGGCGAAGAAAUCAUCUGAAGAGAAAAAGAAGGUCGUUAAAAAGAAGGUUGUUUCAAAGAAAGAAGAGGACGUUAUCGAGUUCGUCGAUGAUUACGAGCGUCCUGUACUGGAAAAAUACGAAAGAAUUACACCAACGCCGCUCGCUAAAAAGGCAAAAGAAGAAGACACACCAAAGGGUAAACGCGCCUCUGUAUCUGAAAGUAUUAGAAGCGAACAAGAUAGUGAGGAAGAGGAAUCCGUGGCUUCAUCAGUUACAGAGAAAAAAUCUAAAGUUGAGCCCAAGAAGGUCGAAGAAGAAAAAGCUGAGCCUAAGAGGCCUAGCAUCAAGAAGGGUCUUCCUAAGCCGGAAGAGCCGGUUGAUGAAUUGUCUAAAGUUAAGCUUGGCAAGGCUCCGAUAAAGCCCGGUGAACAAAAGCUCGAAGAGCCUCAGGUGGCUAAAACUAAGAAACCUGUACAAAAGCCCGAAGAGUCUAAAGACUUCAUAGAUGACUAUGAACGGCCUGAACUAGAGAAAUAUGAUAAAUUCACACCUACGCCAUAUGAUAAGACUAAAAAGCAAAACGGUGUUGAUGAGGCUGAUUCAGAGUUUAUUGACGAUUAUGAAAGACCUGAACUCGAAAAAUACGAGAAAUAUACUCCGACACCUAAAGAUAAACGCCGUCCUAGCGAACAGGAGGAUGUAGAAAUGAUGACAGGCAAAAUCAAGCCUAAAGACAAAGAAGCGGAACCGGAAAUGCCUACACUCCGCAAACGUCCAGUACAAAAGGACAAGGAGGAAGAAAAGAAACCGGAAGAGAAACCCAAACCAAAAUCCGUCAAAAAAGACGAACCAGAGACCAAAAAACGUCCUUCACUUAAAAAGAAAGAGGUCGCUGAAGAAGAAUUCAUCGACGAUUACGAAAGACCAGUGCUCGAGAAAUACGAGAAAAUCACACCAACACCUACAGAGAAAAAGAAAAAGGACGAGAAAAAGCCGGAAGAAGAGAUACCUUCUGCAACGGCUACUAGAAAGCAAUCGGUCAAAGACAAAGACAAGCCGGAGCCAAUGGACGUUGACGAGAGCGUCAGCGUGAGCAAACCAAAGACACCGGCGAAACCAGGAAAAGAACCUGAAGAUGUUUCGCUUACACAUAAAACACCCGCCGAAAUUAAACCAACGGAGGAUGAGGCAGAAGCGAAACUUCACGUUAAGAAACCUGAAAUCGUCGAAGAUAAAACUAUUAAGAGACCUACUCCUAAAGACAAGGAUCAAUUAAAGGGGGAGGACACAGAGGAGGCUGUCAGCCUUACCAAACCUCGUACAAAGACGAGCACCACCGCCCCAGAAGAGGCUGAGCUCACACAAAAGACACGCCCCAAGAAAAUUCUUACGGAGGGGUCUGAGGCAGCACAAUUAAAGGUCAAAAAACCCGCGGUAGUCAAGAAGGACGAGGAGGAGGAGCCUCUCAAAGUACAAGGUGGUAGAUUCGAAAAGCCACAACUUAAGAAAACUGUCAAGAAGCCAACAGAAGAGCCUAAAAAGGCUGAAAUCGAUGAAAAGACUACUAUCGGUCGGGUAAAACAAACAAAGCCUAAAAAGGCAGUCGACGGCAAAGAGAAUGUCGACUUGUUGGAACUUGACUUCGUGGACGAUUACGAGAGACCUGUACUUGAGAAGUACGAGAAGAUCACACCCACUCCUACCAUGCGAGAAAAGAAAGAAAAAGUGGCGUUCAUAGAAGUGAACCGUAUGGCGCAGUCCGAAAGCAGAAGGACUUCGAUUCAGAGUGAGAUGAAGCAAGAAGUCAAGACUGAGAGCCGAAGGAGCUCCAUUAUCGAAAAUAAAGCUGUUAAGAUUACAAAGGAGACGGCUGAAAGCCGCAAGUCUUCUAUUGCAUCUGUCGCUGAACAACAGGAAGUCACGGCUUUGAAAAAGACUGCUCAAAAGAUGUCCAUAAAGCAAGCCGAGGCGACAGAAAUGGAAGGAAUCAAAUUAAAGGAUGAUGAUAACGAAUACGAGGAGACAACAGACACUGUCGAUAAGCCUACCGAUAAAACAUACCCGUGGCGACCUGCGAAAACUGACACACAGGAACCUACGUCAAAGGAAACUAAACGUAAAGACAGCGUGGAUCAAACGAAGGAUACAAUUGCUAGGCGCCGCACGAGUAAAACUGUGGAUACUGAGGAUGUCGAGGAAAUUGAAGAAAUAAGUGAUAUUAAAAGAAAGGUUUCCAUUGAUAAGCCAGUUCGUCCUAAAGGAUGGCCGGGCAAGCCUGAUGAGGACAAAGACAACAUAAUGGAAACUGAGGUUACAGAAAAAACUCAAACCAAAAGAAAGGUUUCCAUCGACAGACCGACAGAACCGACUUAUCCAUGGCGUAGACCGAGUAGAGCCGAUGAGGAUAAUGAGGAUAUUACUGAAAGUGAGACUGUCAAGAAGACUGAAACUAAAAGAAAAGUUUCAAUUGAUAGACCUACUGAACCUACAUACCCAUGGCGUAGACCGAGUAGUGCUGACGAGGACAAUGAAAAUGUUAUGGAAACUGAUGUAACAGAAACAACACAGUUUAAACGAAAAGUAUCUAUCGACAGACCUACUGAACCUACGUAUCCAUGGCGUAGACCUAGUCGAGCGGACGAGGACGAGAAAGAGAAUGUAGAGCCUGUAGUGGCUGAUGGAAGGAGAUUAUCGGUUGAACAACCUAAGGGACCUGAACAUCCAUGGCGUCGACCUAGUAAGACUGAGGAUAAGAAAGACGAAGUUAAGGUUACGGAAAAACCUAAAGAUGAGGUUAAAGUGUCAGUCGAACAACCAAAAGAGCCUAAAUUCCCUUGGCAGAGACCCAAGAAAACUGUAGAGGAAAUUAAAGACGAGGUAACAGAGAAACCCAAGGAUGAAAGGAAACCAUCUCUUGAACCGCCAAAGGAGUCUAAAUAUCCUUGGCGACGACCUAGCAAGACAGAGGAAUCAGUUGCUAGUGAGCCAACUGAGGAACCAGCAAAGGUUACCGAAAAACCAAAGGAUACUGACGACACACAAAAUACACAGAACAAACACUUGAAAACAUCACAAUUACCAUUUUACAUGAGAAGGAAGUCACAGACAGAGGAACCUGAAGCACCUUUCCUUAAAAAACACCAGGCUCCAGAACCAACUAAAGAUGUUAUCGAAAAACCUAAGGAACCAGAAAAACCAGUAGAAAUGCCAAAACCGACUAUUGUGGAACCACCAAAAGAAUCGGUGCCACAGAUUAAGGUACCCACAUUGGCUCCACCGGCACCGGAAAAAACAGAUGUGGCCUUCUCAUGGCAGGCAAUUCCUGAAAUACCACAGGCCGAACAAACACCAGAGUUAGAGGACAAAUACAAACCCACACUACUUGACACUACAGAGAGUACAGCCCCGUGGAGACGCGGCCGCUCCCCGCAGGCUGACACGGCAGAUGGUAUUGAUGAACGUAAGCCAGCCACGUUAGAAAUACCCCAGCCCGCUUUUAGCAGCCGACCUCAAAACCCCGACGAGAAAGUGGCUGUCAAAGAAGAGAAAGCGGAAGAAGAAGUCAAGAAGGCUAAAGUGUCUACGGUCAAGAAGAAGGCGGAAGAUCUGCCUGAAAUUCCUGACUACGAGAGACCUGACCUUGAGCAGUACGAAAAGAUAUCACCAACACCAACACAAAAGGAGAAACCAGAAGAAAAGCCGGCUCCAAAGGUACCUGAAAUUAAGGCACCUGAAGAGAAGCCCGCUACGCCGAAAAUCGAAGUCAUUCGUGAGAAAUCACCGAAACCAGAUGCACUCAGGAAACCAUCGCUUGUACCCACUCCUCCAGUGGGCAGACGCGGUUCCCUCAUUCCUCCGCCAGAGGAAAUGGGAAGACGUCCUUCCCUCAUCAUCAGCGACGAGGUCACCAAAUUGCGUCCUGGAGAAGUUUUAGACGAGAAAAAGAAACGCAGCAGACCGGGUGAAGUCACGGACGAGCGGCGAAAAUCUGGGGACGCGAGGAGGCCUUCCGUGCAAGACUUGGAGGAUCUCAUUAACAAGCCUUCAGUGCCUUUGAAGCCUAUUGGAAAUGAAGGACCUCCAGUCAUUGUUGACAUGCCUGAGAACUACGCGGCUGUUGAAGAUCAAACCGCAUACAUUACCGUACAAGUCGAGGGUACACCGGCACCUACAUUCAGAUUCUACAAAGGCAUCACAGAGAUCAUCGAAGGUGGUCGAUUCAAGUUUGUCACCGAUGGUGAGACUGGACUUAUCACGCUGUGCAUGAGGAAAGUGAAGCCCAACGAUGAGGGAAAAUACAGAAUUGUGGUUAGCAACAUCCACGGUGAAGACACGGCUGAGACGCAAGUUUAUGUCUCCGAUCCUAGUGGUAUGGACUUCCGUGCUAUGCUCAAGAAGAGGAAAUACGCCAAAUGGGGAGACAAGAAAGAAGAUCCCGACUGGGGUGAACUAAAGGAGACCGAGAAACCUAUACUACCUCUUAAGAAAGUCGAAAAGGGCUUAGAAACUGGAUAUUUUGAAGAGGACGGCUUCAUAGUGGUCAUAUCUGAAGGUGUCGAGAUGGGUAGAUUUCCCGCUGAUAGAAGGAGACACUCUUCAAAUUGGUCCUGGUUUAAGGGUAUUUAUGAGAUUCGGAGACGUAUGUCUCUACCCGAAAUAGUGCCCGACUGGCCCACUUUGAUGGAGGCUGUUAAAUUAAAGAAACAAGAGUCGUUCUUGAAGCCUCUGGUAGACCAGACGGUUAAAGAAGGCAAGGACAAAAAGGCGGUGUUCGAAGCUAUCUUCACGAAGCCUAAUUCCAAGCCGAAGUGGUUCUUCCGUAAGGAUGAAUUAUUCCCCGGCUCCAAAUACAAGAUGGUCAACGAGCAAGAUUCUUACAAGCUGAUCAUCAUGAACCCGAAAGUGGAAGACACUGGCAAGAUUACUCUUGAAAUCGGUGGUAUUUCCUGUACUGCCUUCCUGCAGGUCGAUGAACCUGACCCAACAUACACCUUCACCAAACCACUGAAGAAGAACACCAGUGGCUACACCAAACACGAGGUGGUGCUUGAAUGUACUGUCUCUAACAGCCUCGCCAUUGUCUCCUGGUGGAAGGGAGAUCAGAAAUUGGAAGAUGGCGAUGAGUACCAGAUCUCUAAGGAUCUGUCUGGAGGCUGCAAGCUCGUUAUCAAGAGUGCUAAGUUUGAGCACGCCGGCAAAUAUAUGUGCAGGAUUGAGAAGCAACCUGACAAGACCGAGACUGACGUCAAGAUUGUGGAGUACCCAUACAAGUUCACUAAGGUGCUCAAAUCUCAACAAGCCAUUGAAAAGGACACCAUCACUUUGCUCUGCGAGCUUGAUGAUGCCGGUGGUGAUGUAAAAUGGUUUAAGAAUGACGAGCCCCUGAAGCCUGACAAGCGCAUUUCGAUUGUCAAGGAAGGUCGUAAGCGGAAGGUGGUAAUCAAGGAAGCCAAGGUCACUGAUGCUGGCUUCUUCAAGUGCGUCAGUAAUGCUGACGAGACCAAGUGCGAAUUGAUUGUCAAUUAUGCUAACCGCUUCAACAAGAAGUUGAAGGACACGGAAGCCAUUGAAAGAGACAAGGUCGUACUUGAAGUGGAACUGCAGGACCAGACCGCCGAAGCUGUUUGGUCGUUCAAUGGAACACCUAUUGUACCUAAUGACAGGAUUGAAAUCAAGAACCUGGGCGGUGGCAAACACCAGCUGAUCUUCAACAAGCUGGAGAUGGAGGACGAGGGCGAGAUCCUGUGCGAAUCAGGCAAGCUCAGCUCCUCGUGCAAGCUCACUGUCAAGAAGGGCGAGUCGAAGCCUUCCAUCGAGUGUCCGGAUGAAUUCAACGGACCAGCUGGACAUCCUUUCGUCAUCGAGGUACCUUAUAAAGUUAGUGGUACCCGCCAGACUCCGAUCGAAGCCAAGCUGUGGAAAGACGGCAAGGCGCUACCGGCAAAGGAAGUCGAAGCAGUGGUUGAACAGGAGAAGGUUCUUUUCAAGAUCAAGAAGCCAUCUCGCGAACAAUCUGGAAGAUACCAGAUCAAGCUGUCCAACGCCCAGGGAGAAGACUCCAAGGAUGUUACUAUUAUCAUGCAGAGCGCGCCGACAGCUCCUCAGAACGUUGAGGUCACUGAAGUAUUCCAGACCUCUUGUGUGGUUGCCUGGAAGGCACCCGCUGAUGACGGUGGCUCGCCGAUCAUCAAAUACGUCAUUGAGAGACAGGACCUGUCGCUCAAAGCUGGUUGGGACAACGUCGCCGAGGUUCCAUUCGGCGAACCAACCAAGUACAAGGUGGAGGAUCUCAUUCACAAGAAGACUUACAAGUUCAGGAUUCGGGCCGUUAACAAAAUCGGCUCUAGUGAGCCUGGUCUCUUCGCCAAGCCCGUGCUGGCUAAGGACCCGUGGGAUGAACCAUCCAAGCCUAAGAACGUGGAGCUCACAGACUGGGACAAGGACCACGCAGACCUCAAGUGGCAGAAGCCAGACAACGAUGGUGGUGCUGAAAUUACCGGCUAUGUUAUUGAAUACAAGGAGAAAUUCGGCAAAGACUGGGUAACUGGUAAAGAAGUUCCCGGCGACUGCCUGUCUGCCACCCAGGACGGCCUAAAGGAAGGCUGCACUUAUGAGUUCAGGGUCCGCGCCAUCAACAAGGCCGGACCUGGUGAACCCAGCGAUGCUACCAAACCUAUUAUCGCUAAGUGUAGAUUCGUCAAACCCUACAUCAUCGGUGAGGGUGUACAGAGCAUCAUCAUCAAGAAGGGCCAGGUCAUCACCUUAUCAGGUGAACCCGAACCCGAGGUCAAAUGGAUGAAGGGCGAAGAGGAAAUUCGUGAUGAUGGAGACCGCAUCACGAUUGACAAAUACGAGAGGAACACCGUACUGACUGUGAGGAAGACCACCAGGAUCGACAGCGGAAAGUACAGGCUUGUGCUCACCAACUCGUCUGGCACUUGCGAAAGCAUUGGCGAUGUUGUUGUGCUAGACAAACCAAACAGGCCCAACGGCCCCAUCGAGGUGGUGGACGUCCGCGCCGAGAAGGCAACUGUCAAAUGGCAGAAGCCCGACGACUGGCAGGGAUCCGACAUCACCGGAUACACUCUAGAGAAAAUGGACAUGGACACUGGCAACUGGGUGCCGUGCGGUGAAACCGGUCCGGAACCCACAGAGUUCACGGUGAAGGGUCUCACGCCGAACCACAAGUACAAGUUCAGGGUACGCGCUGUGAACAAAGAGGGUGAAUCUGAACCAUUGGAGACCGAUGGGUUCAUCGUUGCUAAGAACCCGUAUGAUCCACCAAAGGCGCCUGGCAAACCAACUAUCGUUGACUACGACAACAUGUCGGUAACUCUCCAGUGGGAGCCGCCAACCGAUAACGGUGGUCGUCCAGUACUCGGCUACGUGGUCGAGAUGAAGGACAAGUUCUCGCCCGACUGGAUCGAGGUUGUCAAGACAAAUGACACCAAGACAGAGUACAAGGUGGAAGGUCUCAAGGAGAAGAUGGUGUACCAGUUCCGUGUGAAGGCUUACAACAAGGCUGGAGUCGGUGAGGCAUCACAGCCCACCGACAACCAUCUCUGCAAACACAGGAACUUGAAACCACGCAUUGAGCGUAGCACAUUCAAGUCAGUCAUUAUCAAAGCUGGUCGCACUCACAAAUGGUCUGUGGAUGUCAUUGGUGAACCAGCACCAGAGAUGACAUGGUCUUGGCGCGACAAUGUAAAACUAGUAAACACGGAGCGCAUCAAGAUCGAAAACCAAGAACACCACACCGACUUCACCAUCGUGAACGCAGUGCGACGCGAUACUGGAAAAUACACCCUGCGUGCCGAGAACUGCAACGGUUUUGAUCAGGAGACUGUGGAACUGACCGUACUGAGCAAACCCAGCGCGCCUAAAGGCCCGUUGGAAGUAUCGGACGUGCACGCCGAGGGAUGCAAGGUCAAAUGGGAGAAGCCAGAGGACGAUGGCGGCUCGCCGGUCAAGGAGUACGAGGUCGAGAAAAUGGACCUCGCCACCGGCAAGUGGGUCAGGGUCGGAAGAGUUGCUGGCGACAAGAAGCCCCUGGAGAUGGAGGUGACUGGCUUAGAGCCUGGCCACCAGUACAAGUUCAGGGUGACGGCUGUGAACGACGAGGGCGACUCCGAGCCGCUCGAGACGGAACGCGGCACGCUCGCCAAGAAUCCGUUCGAUGUAUCUGAAAAGCCACAGAACGUGGAAGUGGCUGACCACGAUAACCAGAGCGCUGAGAUCAAAUGGGAACCGCCGAAGGAUGAUGGCGGUGCUCCGGUGCUUAAGUACAUCGUCCAGAAGAAACCCAAGGGCGGCGACUGGGAGAACGCUGGAGAGGUACCUGGAAACCAGAACUCCGCUAAAGUCGAAGGUCUGCCCGAGGGCAGCGAGUACCAGUUCCGCGUGAUCGCCGUCAACAAGGCUGGACCCUCGGAGCCCUCCGAGCCGACCAAGAUGACUACCAUCAGGCACAAGUCACUGAAACCGCGUAUCGACCGCACGAACCUGAAGGCUCUCGCCGUCCGCGCCGGCAAGCCGAUCUUCUUCGACGUCAAUGUCAGGGUGAACCCGCACCCAAGGUGCAGUGGUUCCAGAAGUGGAAGGCGGACGAGAAGGAGGUAUGGAGUUAACGUAAUCAACGUGGACUAUAACACUAAACUGGACGUUAAGGAGUCUGUACGCGCUAUGACCGGCACGUACCGUAUCCUAGCAACGAACGAGCACGGCACAGACGAGGCUGAGGUCGAGAUCACAGUGCUGUCGGCUCCUGGCAAGCCUGGUGGUCCACUCAAGGUCGCCGAUGUUACCAAGAACGGCUGCAAGCUGGCCUGGAAGAAGCCUGAGGACGAUGGAGGCAAACCAGUCACCGGUUACAUGGUGGAGAAGCUGAACAAGGCCACAGGCCGCUGGGUGCCGGUCGGAAAGACCGACGACACCGAGAUGGAGAUCAAGGGUCUGCAGGAAGGCGAGGAGUACGAGUUCAGGGUUAAGGUCAACGAUGAGGGAGAAUCCGAGCCGCUGAAGACCGACCACUCGAUAAUCGCCAAGAACCCUUACGAUAUUCCCGGCAAACCCUCGGUGCCGACCCUGGAGGACUGGGACGUGGACCGCGUGGACCUCAAAUGGGAGGCGCCGAAGAACAACGGUGGCGCGCCCAUCACCGGCUACAUCAUCGAGAAGAAGGAGAAGUACGGACAGUGGACCGAGGCUCUGGUCACCACGACUCCAGAAUGCCCAGUGCCGGACCUGAAGGAAGCUAGCAAUGUGUACCAGUUCCGAGUCCGUGCUGUGAACAAGGCAGGCCCCGGAGAACCGGGCGACGCCACGCAGCCGCAUACUGCCAAGGCACGAUUCUUGAAACCGCACAUCAACCGCGACAAGAUGGUCGCCAUCCGCGUACGCGCCGGCAACAUCAAACUGGACGUCGACAUCAGAGGCGAACCUCCACCGACCAAGACCUGGAGCUUCGCAAGAAGGUACAAACCAAACAGGCCCAACGGCCCCAUCGAGGUGGUGGAUGUCCGCGCCGAGAAGGCAACUGUCAAAUGGCAGAAGCCCGACGACUGGAAGGGAUCCGACAUCACCGGACAUCUCGAGAAGAUGGACAUGGACACUGGCAACUGGGUGCCGUGCGGUGAAACCGGUCCGGAACCCACAGAGUUCACGGUGAAGGGUCUCACGCCGAACCACAAGUACAAGUUCAGGGUACGCGCUGUGAACAAAGAGGGUGAAUCUGAACCAUUGGAGACCGAUGGGUUCAUCGUUGCUAAGAACCCGUAUGACCCACCAAAGGCGCCUGGCAAACCAACUAUCGUUGACUACGACAACAUGUCGGUAACUCUCCAGUGGGAGCCGCCAACCGAUAACGGUGGUCGUCCAGUACUCGGCUACGUGGUCGAGAUGAAGGACAAGUUCUCGCCCGACUGGAUCGAGGUUGUCAAGACAAAUGACACCAAGACAGAGUACAAGGUGGAAGGUCUCAAGGAGAAGAUGGUGUACCAGUUCCGUGUGAAGGCUUACAACAAGGCUGGAGUCGGUGAGGCAUCACAGCCCACUGACAACCAUCUCUGCAAACACAGGAACUUGAAACCACGCAUUGAGCGUAGCACAUUCAAGUCAGUCAUUAUCAAAGCUGGUCGCACUCACAAAUGGUCUGUGGAUGUCAUUGGUGAACCAGCACCAGAGAUGACAUGGUCUUGGCGCGACAAUGUAAAACUAGUAAACACGGAGCGCAUCAAGAUCGAAAACCAAGAACACCACACCGACUUCACCAUCGUGAACGCAGUGCGACGCGAUACUGGAAAAUACACCCUGCGUGCCGAGAACUGCAACGGUUUUGAUCAGGAGACUGUGGAACUGACCGUACUGAGCAAACCCAGCGCGCCUAAAGGCCCGUUGGAAGUAUCGGACGUGCACGCCGAGGGAUGCAAGGUCAAAUGGGAGAAGCCAGAGGACGAUGGCGGCUCGCCGGUCAAGGAGUACGAGGUCGAGAAAAUGGACCUCGCCACCGGCAAGUGGGUCAGGGUCGGAAGAGUUGCUGGCGACAAGAAGCCCCUGGAGAUGGAGGUGACUGGCUUAGAGCCUGGCCACCAGUACAAGUUCAGGGUGACGGCUGUGAACGACGAGGGCGACUCCGAGCCGCUCGAGACGGAACGCGGCACGCUCGCCAAGAAUCCGUUCGAUGUAUCUGAAAAGCCACAGAACGUGGAAGUGGCUGACCACGAUAACCAGAGCGCUGAGAUCAAAUGGGAACCGCCGAAGGAUGAUGGCGGUGCUCCGGUGCUUAAGUACAUCGUCCAGAAGAAACCCAAGGGCGGCGACUGGGAGAACGCUGGAGAGGUACCUGGAAACCAGAACUCCGCUAAAGUCGAAGGUCUGCCCGAGGGCAGCGAGUACCAGUUCCGCGUGAUCGCCGUCAACAAGGCUGGACCCUCGGAGCCCUCCGAGCCGACCAAGAUGACUACCAUCAGGCACAAGUCACUGAAACCGCGUAUCGACCGCACGAACCUGAAGGCUCUCGCCGUCCGCGCCGGCAAGCCGAUCUUCUUCGACGUCAAUGUCAAGGGUGAACCCGCACCCAAGGUGCAGUGGUUCCAGAAGUGGAAGGCGGACGAGAAGGAGGUGACAGAGAACGUAAUCAACGUGGACUAUAACACUAAACUGGACGUUAAGGAGUCUGUACGCGCUAUGACCGGCACGUACCGUAUCCUAGCAACGAACGAGCACGGCACAGACGAGGCUGAGGUCGAGAUCACAGUGCUGUCGGCUCCUGGCAAGCCUGGUGGUCCACUCAAGGUCGCCGAUGUUACCAAGAACGGCUGCAAGCUGGCCUGGAAGAAGCCUGAGGACGAUGGAGGCAAACCAGUCACCGGUUACAUGGUGGAGAAGUUGAACAAGGCCACAGGCCGCUGGGUGCCGGUCGGAAAGACCGACGACACCGAGAUGGAGAUCAAGGGUCUGCAGGAAGGCGAGGAGUACGAGUUCAGGGUUAAGGCUAUCAACGACGAGGGAGAAUCCGAGCCGCUGAAGACCGACCACUCGAUAAUCGCCAAGAACCCUUACGAUAUUCCCGGCAAACCCUCGGUGCCGACCCUGGAGGACUGGGACGUGGACCGCGUGGACCUCAAAUGGGAGGCGCCGAAGAACAACGGUGGCGCGCCCAUCACCGGCUACAUCAUCGAGAAGAAGGAGAAGUACGGACAGUGGACCGAGGCUCUGGUCACCACGACUCCAGAAUGCAAGGCCCGCGUGCCGGACCUGAAGGAAGGCAAUGUGUACCAGUUCCGAGUCCGUGCUGUGAACAAGGCAGGCCCCGGAGAACCGGGCGACGCCACGCAGCCGCAUACUGCCAAGGCACGAUUCUUGAAACCGCACAUCAACCGCGACAAGAUGGUCGCCAUCCGCGUACGCGCCGGCACCACUAUCAAACUGGACGUCGACAUCAGAGGCGAACCUCCACCGACCAAGACCUGGAGCUUCGCCAAGAAGGUCCUGGAAACCGGCCCCGGCGUCAAGAUCGAGAACGAGGACUACAACACGAAGCUGCAAAUCUUCGAAUCUUCGUGGAAGAACACCGGUAUCUACACGCUCAAGGCUGAGAACGACUCUGGAGUCGACGAGGCUACAGUCGAGAUUACUGUUUUGGACAAACCAGGCAAACCCGAAGGCCCGCUGGAAGUGUCUGACGUCCACGCCGAACACGUGAAGCUGAGCUGGAACAAGCCCAAGCACACCGGCGGGCUGCCGCUCAGCGCGUACGUGGUGGAGAAGAUGGACACCAUCACUGGCAAGUGGGUGCCGGCUGGCACCGUCGAACCUGAUACCACUGAGGCUACUGUUACUGGCCUAGAGCCCGGUCACUCAUACCAGUUCAGAGUGAAGGCUCUGAAUGAGGAAGGCGAAUCGGAACCGCUGGACACGGACCACGCGACCCUCGCGAAGAACCCGUACGACGUCCCGGCGCCUCCAGGUCUUCCAGACAUUGUGGACUGGGACGAGAAGUCGGCCAAGCUCAAGUGGGAGCCGCCUAUUCGAGACAAUGGCGCCCCUAUUACUGGAUACGUUAUCGAAGUCAUGGAUAGAGAUAAGGGCGAGUUUGUUAAGGCCGCCGAAGUCCAAGGCAACAUCUGUCAAGGCACCGUGCCUAGGCUGGAAGAGGGCAGCCAGUACCAAUUCCGAGUACGCGCCAUCAACAAGGCCGGUCUUUCAGAACCUUCGGAGAACACUCACUGGCACACUGCUAAGCCACGGUUCUUGAAACCAAAGAUCGACCGCACCAACCUGAACCCUAUCACGGUGAAGGCUGGUCUGCCGGUCUCCCUGGACGUGAAAGUGUUCGGCGAACCGCCCGCCACUGUCACCUGGCACUUCAAGGGCGAGGAGUUGAAGAACAGGGAGAACCUGGAGAUCAUCAACGUGGACUACAACACCAAGUUCCUGAUGACGAAGAGCAAGCGCGCGAACACCGGCGUUUACGUCAUCAAGGCGAAGAACGAGGUCGGAGAGGACGAGGCUGAGGUCGAGAUUACUAUCCUCGGCAAGCCAUCCAAGCCCAAGGGUCCGUUGGAAGUGGCGGACGUGACAAAGAACGGCUGCACGCUGUCGUGGCAGAAGCCCGAAGACGACGGCGGCGCGCCCAUCGAGUACUACGAGAUCGAGAAGCUCGACCCGCUUACUGGACAAUGGAUUCCGUGCGGUACCGCCAAGGACACCAAGGCGAACAUCACCGGCCUCUCUGAAGGCAAACCUUACAAGUUCAGGGUCAAGGCCGUCAACAAGGAAGGCGAGUCCGAAGAACUCGAGACCGAGAAACCGAUCAUCGCCAAGAAUCCGUUUGACGAGCCCGGCAAACCUGGCCGUCCUGAACCCCGCAACUGGGACAAGGACUUCGUCGACCUGGAGUGGUCUCCACCGAAGGACGACGGAGGCGCCCCCAUCACCGGAUACAUCGUACAGAAGAGAGAGAAGGGUGGAAGGUCAUGGCAAGACUGCCUUAAGACGACCGGUGACAGGCCGACAGGCCGCGUGACCGACGUCGAAGAGGGACACGAGUACGAGUUCAGAGUUAUCGCGCUCAACAAGGCCGGACCCUCCGAGCCAUCGGACGCUAGCAAGUCCGUUAUUGCUAAACCACGCUUCUUGGCACCAAAGAUCGACCGCAAGAACCUGCAAAAGAGGAAGAUCAAGGUCGGCCAGCCUCUCAAGUUCGAAGCCGACGUCAAGGGUGAACCCGAACCUACCAUUACAUGGACCUUCAACGGCACAGUCCUCAAGAGCGAUGAGAGGCUGAAGAUCGAGAAUGCUGAGUACCACACAUCGUUCGUACGCCAGAAGAUGACUAGAACCGAUGCUGGAAAGUACACCGUCACUGCCAAGAACGAUUCUGGCACUGAUACUGUUGAUAUUGAGGUCGAGGUGGUCAGCAAACCAUCGAAGCCUAAGGGACCUUUGCAGGUAUCAGACGUCAAAGCGGACGGCUGCAAGCUCAAAUGGGAGCCUCCAGAAGACGACGGCGGCGAACCCGUCGAGAGCUACGUGGUGGAGCGCAUGGACACGGAGUCGGGACGCUGGGUGCCAGUGUGCACCACUAAGACUCCCGAGGCUGACGUCACGGGCUUGAACGAGGGCAAGGACUACCUGUUCAGAGUGAAGGCGGUCAAUCCUGAGGGAGAGAGUGAGCCGCUCGUUACUGAAACGGCUACUACAGCCAAGAAUCCCUAUGGCGAACCCGACGCGCCCGGCAAGCCUGAGUUCAAGGACUGGAGCAAGGAGCACGUGGACCUCAAGUGGGAGAAGCCCGCCAACGACGGUGGCGCCCCCAUCACUGCCUACAUUGUCGAGAAGAAGGACAGAGACACCGGCAAGUGGGUGAAGGCCGCUGAGGUGCCCGGCAACAAGACCGAGGCUCGUGUGCCAGACCUGAUCGAGGGCAAGACAUACCAGUUCCGAGUGAAGGCAGUCAACAAAGCUGGACCGGGUAAACCGUCCUCGCCUACCGAAAACCUGCUGGCUAAGGACAGGUUUGCCCCGCCGAAGAUCGACCGCACGAACAUGCGCGAUAUCACCAUCAAGGCUGGCCAGCACAUCAGGCUUGACGUCAAGGUCAGCGGUGAACCGCCACCAACCAAGACAUGGUUCCACAAUAAAGAGAGGCUGUCGCCCCGCGAAGACCUCUCCAUCGACGUGGAAGACUACAAGACCAAGUUGUCUGUGGUCAUCGCGUCGCGCAAGCACAGCGGCACUUACGUAUUAAAGGCUGAGAACAGCAGCGGUAAAGACGAGGCCACUAUUGAGAUCAAGGUCCUCGAUGUACCGGCCAAGCCUGAAGGACCUUUGAAGGUAAAUAUUUUGUUCGGAUGGAGGCACGUGUAG